GACAAUGAUGUUACAUAUUGUUUGCAGAUGUUGUAGCCGCCACCAUGGGCAAAUCAUGCUGCAUAGAGGGCUGCAAUGUCUCCAGUCCAGAUGUCGAGUAUUUCAAGUUCCCCCGCAGCGGGUCCCUGCUGGCAGCCUGGAUAGAGGCGACCGGGGCGCCGGGGGGCGACGUCUGCUCAGCACACUUUACCGACGCAGAUUAUAAAAGCAUGCGCGGCAAACGGCGGCUGCUGGGCACUGCGGUACCCAGCGUGUUUGCUACCAGACCACCAUGCACAGAAAACGGAAACAUCACAGACCCAACAAAAGACACAAACAAAAACGCAAAUACGAACCCGAAAAAUAAAAAAGCUAAAGAGAAAAAGAGCACAGACAAAGCUAAAGCAGAUUCUACCACAGACAAUGUAAACGAAAUAACCACAGAUAAUAACGCCAUGGACAAGGACGAAUCUACGACUGACACUGAUGUGACAGAGAGUAAUGUGGAAAAUGGAGAGAGUUCACAGGACACGAGGCAAGGUGGAGAAAAUGGGAAAGAUGAUAAGAAUGGAGAAAAUGCUCAACCCGAAGUAAACGACAUAGAAGACAUGAUAACCAACUACCAGAUCAAGCAGCCGCCGCUCGCCGACCGGCUCAACCCGGAGCCUCUAGAGGACCUCAUCCCCGCCAUCUUGGAGCACCAGAGCGUUCAGGGGCUGCAGGCUGAGCAGGUUCACAUCGAGGAGACACAGGCAGACACGAGGAAUACUGGCAACACACAAGAGGACCGGCUCAACCCGGAGCCUCUAGAGGACCUCAUCCCCGCCAUCUUGGAGCACCAGAGCGUGCAGGGGCUACAGGCUGAGCAGGUUCACAUCGAGGAGAUACAGGCAGACACGAGGAAUACUGACAACACACAAGAGCCUCUAGAGGACCUCAUCCCCGCCAUCUUGGAGCACCAGAGCGCGCAGGGGCUACAGGCUGAGCAGGUUCACAUCGAGGAGAUACAGCCAGAAACGAGGAAUACUGACAACACACAAGAGGUCAAAUGGCAGUCACUUUCGUCAGUGCCUACGUCAACAACAGAAGACCGGCUCAACCCGGAGCCUCUAGAGGACCUCAUCCCCGCCAUCUUGGAGCACCAGAGCGUGCAGGGGCUACAGGCUGAGCAGGUUCACAUCGAGGAUAUACAGGCAGACACGAGGAAUACUGACAACACACAAGAGGGCAGCCCGAACAAGCUCGACGUGAGCCAGCUGGCGAGCCAUAUAGCCAGCAAGUUGGACAACCAGUUAGCGCAGAUAAUGGCAACUGCGCCCGUCUUCAUAGAGGUCGCUGUGGAUCAGAACGACACGCGAGCCGAGAGUCCUCAAGACUGCCUGAUGUUACUGGAGAGCGUCCAAUGUGAUAUCGAUCCUUCGAGCCUUAUGUUACCUGAGCACGGACCUGACACGGAUAGCGAUAUGGAAAUUGUCGAGGCAGAUAACAAAAUAACUGAAGACCCCAACCCGAUAUCUCUUCUCACAUCCAGCGACGAAGACGAAGUCAUCAUAGAAGAACCCCACAUCGACACGGUAGAGGUCUCAGACGAGACAGACGAGGACGACAGACCUCUACAAAGGCUUAUCAAAGAAAAACCUAAACAGAAAAAGCCGGUGAAGAAAAAGAAAAAGGGAAAUUUCGAGUACUUCGUUCAUUCCAGUCCUUACUACUGCGUCCAGUGUGACUUCAGAACGGACAACGAAGCAGAAUUCAUACAACAUAACAUAGAGCUCGCUCAUAUGAAUUCGACAACCAUCCAAGUAUGUUCAACAUGCAACUAUACGACUGCGAGCAAAGCACAAUUCUCUAGACACAAGCGGAAACAUAGGGACGAGAGAAACUUCAAGUGCCAUCUAUGUAACUAUAAAGCGAGACAUAAUAUGAGUCUGAUCUACCAUCUCCGAUGCCAUGAUCCGGUUGAGAAGAAACAGGAGAAAUUCACGUGUGAUAAGUGCGGUUUUAGUUCAAAUGUGAAAAGUGAAGCGUUGAAUCAUUUGAAGAAUAAAAGUUGUGGUAGUAAGUAUUCGUGUGAUCAGUGUAGUUAUAGUACGAAGAGACGGAGUGAUUUGAGGAGGCAUCGGCUGAGGAGGCAUUCCGUUGAUGACAGUGACGAGGAUUUUACCAUUUAAAGAUGCCAAUACUUAUCUUAAUUAAUAUGGCUGAUCUUUAACCUUUUUUACGCUAACGACGGAUAUAUCCGCACCGUAGGUUAACGCCGAAGACGGAUUAAUCCGUCACAGACUACAGAGCAACAUAGACCUAUGUAUGAAUAAAGUAUAACUUCGGUUUUGACACUUCUGUGGUGUCUGAGUGACAGCUUUUGUGUUUGACACGGCGUCGAAAAGGUUAAAAGAAUGAAAUGAAUGAAUGAAUGAACAUAUGAAAUGAAAGAUAAAGACUGUUAAUCUCUAUACAAACUUGCCUGAUCAUUGUAAAGUCAGCAGCAGAAAUUGCUAAGCGGGCGAGGUGUUCAAAAUUACCUUGUCACGCUCUUAUUCUCUUAACAUUAAAGUCGCGUUAACAUCAUUUUGAACACCUGGCCCGCUUAGCAACUUCUGCUGCUGACUGUACUAAGUGCAGUGGGAGAUAUCUCCAGUGAAAAUUAAAAGUUAAACGCCAUCUAUUUUAACUUCCUCAAAAGCAUUCAUUGCUAUGCAGAUGACAGCACUGGCGAUAGCUGUUAUACAGGUCGUGCAAACGCCCCCCCUGAGCAGGUGUCGGAGUUUAGGAUGCGACUUGUGUCUGAGAUCGAGACGUCCCUUGAACAGGUCUCCGAGUGGGGUAGACGUAACCUCGUCCAGUUCAACCCCAGUAAGACACAAGUCUGCGCGUUUUCCGCUAAAAAAGCCCCAUUUGUCACGGCGCCAAAGUUUCAGGGCAUUCCCCUUACCAUGGCUAAAAGUAUCGGGAUACGACAUUACGACAUGACAUUAUGUCGACAUUACGAACGAAGUCCAGUUUCGAAGUCAUUUGGAACAUAAAGCCAAACUGGCCUCAAAAAAGCUUGGGGUGCUUAACAGAGCCAAACAGUACUUCACACCUAGUCACCGGCUUUUGUUAUAUAAAGCGCAGGUUCGACCUCAUAUGGAGUACUGUUCUCAUCUCUGGUCUGGCGCCCCACAAUACCAGC